AUGGCAGCGGCUGCCAGCCCCGCGUUUCUUCUGUUCCUCGAGCUUCUGCUUCUGCUCCUGCAGUCCGGCUGGUCCGGGGCAAGGCGCGCCGACGCUCACUCUCUCUGGUACAACUUCAGCAUCAUCCAUCUGCCCAGAUCUGGACAACGGUGGUGCGAGGUCCAAGGCCAGGUGGAUCAGAAGCAUUUCCUCUCCUAUGACUGUGGCACUGACAAGGUCUUCUCUGUGGGUCGCCUAGAAGAGCAGCUGAAUGCCACAGAUGCCUGGGAAAGACAACUGGAAAUGCUGAGAGAGGUGGGGCAGACGCUCAGACUGGAACUGCCUGGCAUUGAGCUGGAGGAUUUCACCCCCAGUGGACCCGUCACGCUGCAGGCCAGGAUGUCUUGUGAGUGUGAAGCCGAUGGACACAUCCAUGGAUCCUGGGAGUUCAGCGUUAAUGGACAGAAGUUCCUCCUCUUUGACUCAAACAGCAGAAAGUGGACAGUGGUUCAUGCUGGAGCCAGGCAGAUGAAAGAGAAGUGGGAGGAGGACGGGGAACUGACUCAGCACUUGGAGAAGCUUUCAGUGGGUGACUGCGGGAGCUGGCUUCGGGACUUCCUGAUGCGCAGGGAGAAGAGGCUGGAGCCCACAGCACCACUCACCAUGGCCCCAGGCACUGCCCAACCCAAAGCCAUGGCCACUACCCUCAGUCCCUGGAGCCUCUUCAUCAUCCUCCUCUGCUUCAUCCUACCUGGCAUCUGAGGA